GCAUCGGGCUCCCAGAUGGGGCGACAGGCAUCGGGCCCCCAGACGGGGCGACAGGCAUCGGGCCCCCAGAUGGGGCGACAGGCAUUGGGCCCCCAGGCGGAGCGGCGGGCGCCGGGCCCCCAGGAGGGGCGACAGGCAUGGGGCCCCAGACGGAGCGACAGGCAUCGGGCACCCAGACGGGGCAACAGGCAUCGGGCCCCCAGGCGGAGCGGCGGGCGCCGGACCCCCAGGCGGAGCGACAGGUCUCGGGCCCCCAGGCGGAGCGGCGAGCGCUGGACCCCCAGGCAGAGCCACAGGUCUCGGGCCCCCAGGCGGAGCGAGCGGCGGGCGCCGGACCCACAGGCGGAGCGACAGGUCUCGGGCCCCCAGGCGGGGCGGCGGGCGCCGGACCCCCAGGCGGAGCGACAGGUCUCGGGCCCCCAGGCGGAGCGGGCGGGCGCCGGACCCCCAGGGAGCGACAGGUCUCGGGCCCCCAGGCGGAGCGGCGGGCGCCGGACC